CAGCUGUUCAGUAUUCGUGGAGAGUUGGUCAUAGGAAGGUGUAGUCGCGUUACCUCUGUGUUUGGGUUUGUUUGUUAGUCCCCAUUUUACCCUUGUUUUCGGCAGUGGCUGAAUGAUUAUAGCCAUUUAGUGACUAUUUGAGGAAAACGAAAAGAAAGGUCUUAAAAAACUGUAAAUAUUUUCCCGUAGAACUCGCGACAGAGCACAGUCAAACAGCGAAGGUGGCUCCUUUGUUGACGAUCUCAAGAGUUAGCAGGAAAUAAUGCAGAGAGAAAAGCGGUGAUUUAGAGAAAAAUUAGGAUCCUCAGUUUUGACUUCACCUCACAAACAGUAAUGGCUGGCGGGUAGAACCACUUAAAUCCCUCUUCAACUUCCACCCGACCCAUCCCUUAAUUACCUCUGUUAGGCCUACUCCGGAAAUUCCUCUUGACCUUUGGUUUAACCCCAAGGCCCAUUGCGACGUCAUCUAUGGCAUCGUCUAGGACAGGCUCUUCGGAGCCCUGCGACGCCUAUCAUCGAUCCGGCCUCUACAGCCAUUAUGAAACCAAGGACGACCUGAGUGCGAGAAUGAGCGGAUGCCCCGGUGCCAUCGGGGGUGGCACUGCCCCCAUCCCUGGCACUGCUUCGGCCGGCAAGGCCGCAACCAGGAACAACUCGACUUGCAGCACAAGCAGCAGAACCCGCCACAGCAGCAAUAACAGCAUGAGGGGCUGCCCCGCCAUGACCCGGAACAACAGCACGGCCAGCAACAGCAGCAACCACAGCUUGAGCGGAGCGGCAGCUGCAAUUGCGCUCGGAGGAGCCGGUGGUCGCGUUGGCAACGCCACCAGCGCGGCAGGUGGCACUGCUGCCAUAGGCCUGCUGGUCGAAGGGAACACCGUGGGCGAACUGGAAGAGACCAGCGGCCUGGAAGUCGAGCCCUCCCUGAUGGAGACUUCGACCGCCACCACCUCCACCGUCGAUUCCACGGCCGAGCUCGUCCACGGUUCCCGAGGCGUGUCCUACAACACAACCACCACCACAACAACCACAACCACCACGUCCACAACCAACCCCAACUCCGCGCCCGCCGUCGACUCCAACGACUGCGGACUUUUCUCCUUCAGGCCGGCUUUUCUCCAGAGAUUAGCUAAUAUUAAGAUAUUUGUGUUCCUGCUGUCCAUAUUGGUGACGGUGCAACAGGCGCUGGCCUCUGGCUACCUCAACUCCGUCAUCACCACCAUAGAGAAGCGCUAUGAGAUCCCCUCCUCUCUCACGGGGGUCAUCUCCUCCAUGUACGAAAUUGGGAACGUCAUCACCGUCAUAUUUGUCUCCUAUUUGGGCUCCAAGAGAAGAAUACCGGUUUGGAUCGGUGUCGGUUGCUGUGUUAUGGGUGUCGGCUCCAUAUUGUUCGUGAUGCCUCAGCUCAUAUCAGAUCGGUGGUCAAUUGAAUUAGAGACCACCAACAACACAGAUUCGAGUGCCAACAUCUGCCGAAAUGCGCGGGUUAGAGACGACACCUCGGAACGUCUCUCGGAGUACGGAUUUGGAACUCUACCUGAUUUAUCUAAAGGUGUUCCUCUGGGAUCGCACAACAGCAUUCAGUAUGGAAAGCCAGACAACUGCAUCAAGGGGAGUCGAAGCAACGUGAUGCCCGUGUUGUUUUUCAUGCUAGCACAGUUGCUUCUUGGUGCUGGGGGCUCCCCCCUCUUCACCCUGGGUACAACCUACAUUGAUGAUCAUGUCAAGAGGGAAAGUUCUUCAAUGUACAUAGGCAUUAUCUACACCAUGGUGGCCUUUGGACCUGUACUUGGGUUCCUACUUGGCGCUUAUCUUAUCUCCUUUUACGUUGACACAUUCUUUGUAGAUACUUCAGGAAUGAAAGCAGAUCAUAAGCACGCCCGAUGGAUUGGGAUGUGGUGGGGAGGUUUUCUCCUGUGUGGACUGCUAUUAAUCUUCAUUUCAAUCCCAUUCUUCAUGUUUCCCAAGAUGCUCAAGAAAGAAAAGGAGAAGGUAAGGAUGGAAGAGAAAACAAAGGAGUUCCAGAAGGGUCACAGACGCACAAAAUCCCAGACCUCCACUUGUUCAAGGCACUCCACUCUCUCAACAAAAAGAGUGUAUGGCAAAGAUGUAAGAGAUAUUCCCCUGUCAAUGCUGAAACUUUUGGUAAAUCCCAUCUACGUCAUGACUUGCUUGGGAGCCUGCAUGGAACUUAUGAUUGUGUCGGGAUUCAUAGUGUUUUUGCCCAAAUAUCUUGAGACACAAUUCUUCCUCUCAAAUGUGCAAGCAUCUAUAUUUACUGGUGGCAUAGCAAUUCCUGGUGCUUGUAUUGGCAUCUUCUUAGGUGGCUAUCUACUUAAAAGAUUCAGUCUACGGCCUAAGGGUGCCAUUCAGAUGGUCAUGGUCUUCAAUUUGAUUGGCUUGAGUUUUUAUGGGCUCUUGUUUGUGUUGGGUUGUGACAAUGUGAAAAUGGCUGGUACUACAUCUCCAUACUUUAACACUUCUAUGGCUCAUUCUGUUGCAAACAGUCCUGGUCAGCUAGAUAAUGGAGGAUCUUUUCAAGUUAAUUUGACUGCUUGGUGUAAUACGGGGUGCUCUUGCUCUUCUUCAUUAGUAGAACCAGUGUGUGGCAAUAAUGGUCUUACUUACUUCAGCCCAUGUCAUGCUGGAUGUACGUCUUAUUCACCACAGCACAAAUUUGCCAAUUGCACAUGUAUCCGGGGCGAGGGCAAUCAGUCUUCACCUUUUCAUUCAUCUUCAUCAUUAUCACCAGAAGGAGCAGGAUUUUCUGAAGUGACAGCUGUCCCUGUUGCAACGGCAGGCCCGUGCUACAUACCUUGUAAUACUAUCAUGCCCUUCAUGAUAUUGUUGUUCUUUAUGUGCACUGUUGUAGCCAUAAGUCAGAUGCCCUUACUUAUGAUUGUUUUGAGAUCUGUAGAUGAAGAGGAAAGAUCUUUUGCCCUUGGUGUCCAGUUUGUAAUAUUCCGGCUUAUAGCUUAUAUCCCAGCACCUAUUAUGUUUGGAUCAGUAAUUGAUUCCACAUGUUUGAUGUGGAAGAGUUCUUGCGGGGAGAAGGGAGGUAGAUGCCUGAUCUAUGAUAUAGAAAUGUUCAGAUACAGAUAUGUGGGUAUUUGCACAGCAAUCAAGAUCAUAUCAGCAGCUAUUUUUGUAUUUGACUGGUUACUAAUAAGAUGGAAGUAUAAAUUGGAUAUGGAAGGAACCAUGACAGUUGGAGAUAUUGUUAAUUCCCUCAUGUCUGUGGAUAAAGACCAUGAAGCUGAUAAUUUAGCUGAGGAAAGUGUUUGGCUGCCAGAGUUACAAGGGUCACAACCACCAGCUGGUCACCAAACCAAUUUGAUGAAUACCUCCACAACCACUGCAGCUCAUCAUUAUCAUCAUAGGAGAAAUGGCUCUUUAAUUAAUCGUCAGCAGUUGCCAUCUCACGGUUCUGGUCACAAACGAUCCCAGUCAGGUUCUUACGUACCAUCUCGUCCAUGGGCAGGCCUUUAUCAGCACAGGAGAUCUCAUUCAAGCUCUGGUUAUCAACAUUUGCCUGUUCCUCCCGGUCCUCCACCAACUGGAAUUUUAGCAACUCAACCAGGACAUCAACGCAGGGCAAGUUCAGGGCAACAGGUCACGUUCCGGGGAUUAGCAGAAGAUCCUACAGAUUUAACAGGCGUUAAAGUAGUUGUUCAAGGAAAUACAAGUUGUGGUAGUGAAGAAGAUUUGGCAAUCAAAGUAUAGACAUUUGAAUUUAAAACCACUGAAUUAGCAGAUAAAGCUUCGUAAGAACAAUACAAGUAGCUAAGAAAUAUUCCUUAGUCACUAAAGACUUCACAAACAGGCACAGAUGUGUCCAUAAUACUAUCUACUAAUCAGUAUGUAAUGUAGUUAAAAUGCUUCCAGGCGAGUGCGAUCUCUGACUUGAGUAUGAGCAGUGCAAGUGUACUCUUGUUGUUUUCAAAUAUAAUAAAAUUUGAAGCUGUUAUGUACAACAGUUAAUUUAUGCUGCCAAUGCUGCCAUUUUUAUUUCUGUUUUUUGUUUGUCCUUCAGAGACACACAAUGCCAAACUUGUCACAAAUUUUGGUUUGUAUUGCUGUUAAAACUGAAACAAUCACGACACGUUGGGCUAGAAGAGCUUAUUAGCUGCUAUAUUAGAUAUGAUCCUCUCUUUUUAAUAUGUGAUAGCUAUAAUUUUAUAGAGGUCUAUGAAAUUAGAAGUGAUAGUUUAUCCUUUUCAUUCCGGUCCUCAUACAAUUGGAAAACACUGUGCCACCAUUUUGGUUUGAUUUUGUCCCUUCAGAUUUAGUGAUUUAAGUUCCCUUAAAUUUAAUAAAAACUAUAAAACUGUAGUGCUGCGUUCGUAGUCUAUAAUUAGACAAAAAUAAGCAGUUACUAAAAGCCACCUUGGAUGGUGCACAGGUUGUUAACUGUACAUAAAAAUAUAUUUAAAAUAUAGUAGCUAUAUAAAACUUAAAGUGCCUGAAGUAGAAUGCUAGUGAGACCCAACAAUCUGGGUUAUUUGUGGCUAAACCCCAUUAUCAUAUUGAGGGGAUGGUAUGAAAAGCCACCUGUCAAGAUUCUUUGAGCCAUUUCAUGCAUUUACUGUAAAUAGGUAUGCCAAACAGAUCAAACUUAUUUUGCAAUAUUGUAUUUAUUACUUUAUGCUGUAUUUAUGGACAUAAUGAAUUUUAUUUUUAGUUCUGCCCUUUUCAAUUGACAUUGGUCAAAAUGGCACAUUAUGAAAUAGGAUUAUUUUUUUAUCAGCAGUUUCUUGUGGGCAAAGCACAUAUAUAAUGGAAUGCAAGAUAAAUGUGCUUAUGGUUGCUGAAUAAAAAAAUUUGAAUGUAAAGGGAAAUUAACAAAUUAAUUUUAACAUCAAGUGCAAUAGAUACAAUACUAUUUAAUUACAAGCUUUAAUAAAGAGAGAGUGAUUAUUAUUAACUAUCAUUAAUUUCUAUUCUGUCAAUGUUUUUUAUGAGGGAAGUGUUUUGAUGUUUUGUAAAUUUAAUUUAAAGCUUUGUAAACCUACUGGUACUGUUUUCUCUUUCCAUGUUAAGUGCUAUAUUAUUUUCUCCCAUUUUCUGAAAAAUAUAUAUGUACAGCUAUGUAACUCAUGAACAAAAAAAUAUAUAAAUAUAUAUAUAUUGAAGUAAGCACAUGGUUGGCUAGACUGUUAUGGUAUAAUAAUUGGAUAGCUAUUGUAAAUAAUGUAAGAUUCUCAAUGAAAAUGAGAUGUGCAAUAAAUGAAAAUAAUUCUA